CAAGUCCUCCUGGCUGGGGAUCGCCUGCAUUUAGGAAUCGUACUUUUCCCCAAGUGUUAUAAAGGGAAAGCCAGCCCAGGUGAGAGCGAGCAGGGAGCGAAGCGGCCACAGGGAGCAGCUCAAGGCCGCCGGCCCAGGCCAGCGGCGGGCCACGUGACCGGCCAACAUGGCCGCCCGCGGAGACUGCCGCCGGGCGGGGCAGGAUUCCGAGCCGAAGCCGGAGUCCGACCUAGGGCCGGAGCCUGGGUCCCAAGCAGGCCUAGAGUCCGGGGAAGAGUUUGAGAUCGUGGACCGGAGCCAGCUGCCAAGCCCCGGCGAGCUGCGGAGCGCGUCGCGGCCUCGAGCGGCCGACGGCUGGUCGGCGCCCAUCCUGACGCUGGCGCGCAGAGCGACCGGGAACCUGUCGGCGAGCUGCGGCAGCGCGCUGCGCGCGGCCGCGGGGUUGGGAGACGGCGGCGGCGGAGGCGGCGGCAGCAGGGAGCGCGCAGCUUCCAAAGGUCAGAUGAUGGAGGAACGUGCCAACCUAAUGCAUAUGAUGAAACUCAGCAUUAAGGUCUUACUCCAGUCUGCCCUUAGCCUGGGACGCAGUCUGGAUGCAGACCAUGCCCCCUUGCAGCAAUUCUUUGUAGUGAUGGAGCAUUGUCUCAAACAUGGGCUGAAAGUCAAGAAGAGUUUUAUUGGCCAAAAUAAGUCUUUCUUUGGUCCUUUGGAGCUGGUGGAGAAACUUUGUCCUGAAGCGUCAGAUAUAGCUACCAGUGUCAGGAAUCUUCCAGAACUGAAGACAGCCGUGGGAAGAGGCAGAGCAUGGCUUUAUCUUGCUCUCAUGCAAAAGAAACUGGCAGAUUAUCUGAAAGUCCUCAUAGACAACAAGCAUCUCCUAAGUGAGUUCUAUGAGCCUGAGGCCUUAAUGAUGGAGGAGGAAGGAAUGGUGAUUGUCGGUCUGCUGGUGGGACUCAAUGUUCUGGAUGCCAAUCUCUGCUUAAAGGGAGAGGACUUGGAUUCUCAGGUUGGAGUGAUUGACUUCUCCCUCUAUCUGAAGGAUGUGCAGGAUCUUGACAGCGGCAGAGAGCAUGAAAGAAUUACUGACGUCCUUGAUCAGAAAAAUUAUGUGGAGGAACUUAACCGGCACUUAAGCUGCACAGUUGGGGAUCUUCAGACCAAGAUAGAUGGCUUGGAAAAGACGAACUCAAAGCUUCAAGAAGAGCUUUCAGCUGCAACAGACCGAAUUUGUUCCCUACAAGAAGAACAGCAGCAGCUGAGAGAACAGAAUGAAUUAAUUCGAGAAAGAAGCGAGAAGAGCGUGGAGAUAACAAAACAGGACACCAAAGUUGAACUGGAGACUUACAAGCAGACCCGGCAGGGCCUGGAUGAAAUGUACAGCGAUGUGUGGAAACAGCUGAAGGAGGAGAAGAAAGUCCGACUGGAGCUGGAAAAGGAACUAGAGCUCCAGAUUGGAAUGAAGACGGAGAUGGAAAUUGCCAUGAAGCUACUGGAGAAGGACACCCAUGAGAAGCAGGACACACUCGUUGCCCUCCGCCAGCAGCUGGAGGAAGUCAAAGCAAUUAACUUACAGAUGUUUCACAAAGUUCAGAGUGCAGAGAGCAGUUUACAGCAGAAGAAUGAAGCCAUCGCGUCUUUUGAAGGAAAAACCACUCAGGUGAUGUCCAGCAUGAACCAGAUGGAGGAAAGGUUACAGCAGGCGGAACGGGCCAGGCAGAGGGCAGAAGAGCGGAGCCACAAGCUGCAGCAGGAGCUCAGUGGGAGGGUCAGUGCCCUGCAGCUACAGCUGUCUCAGCUGCGAGACCAAUGCUCAGGUCUAGAGAAAGAGCUGAAGUCAGAAAAGGAACAAAGACAAGCUCUCCAGAGAGAACUACAACGUGAGAAAGACACCUCCUGUCUGCUCCAGAUGGAGCUGCAGCAAGUAGAAGGCCUGAAGAAGGAGCUUCGGGAGCUCCAGGACGAGAAGGCAGAGCUACGGAAGGUCUGUGAGGAGCAGGAGCAAGCCCUCCAGGAGAUGGGGCUGCACCUUAGCCAGUCCAAGCUGAAGAUGGAAGAUAUAAAGGAAGUAAAUAAGGCACUGAAGGGUCACACAUGGUUGAAAGAUGAUGAGGCAACACAUUGUAAGCAGUGUGAGAAGGACUUCUCCAUCUCCCGGAGAAAGCACCACUGCCGAAACUGUGGCCACAUUUUCUGCAACACCUGCUCUAGCAACGAGCUGGCUCUGCCCUCCUACCCUAAGCCAGUGCGUGUAUGUGACAGUUGUCAUACCCUGCUACUUCAGCGCUGCUCCUCCACAGCUUCCUGAAGCCAUCAGAGCCCCACCAGCAGGGACCUUAGCCUGUUGGCCUCCAUCUCAGAGUGGAGGAAAGCCUCAGGUACAGUGCCAAACUUGGGAUCUCCAGAGACCUGUAGGGACCCAAGAAAAUCAGAGGAAAGAAUGAAACGCCAGGCCGUCAGCCUGGAAGACAGCGCCAAGUGGCAGCUGAGCACCUUCCUAUGGUUUCUAUGGAGCCAGCUCCUCUAGACAGACAUUUCUGUGUCCUCGGUUAAGUCGUGGCUUUGGUACAGGUGCAACUUCAUGAUUUUGCUACUGUCACUUUCAUUUUUCAAAGGAUUAACCUGUUGUACAGCAGUUGCACUAGUACAGAAUCCUUUCUCUUUCCUACCCACGUCCCACAGAAACCUUGAUUGAUUUCUGCUGUGCUUUGAACCUUAUGGGUCUGUCAGUGUGCCUUGUCUGCUUCAGCAUCCAGCAUUUGCCAUCAUGCCCCUGCCAACACCUACUGUCAGCCCUGCAAUAAAAUCCUUUAUUUUUCACUCUUGUAC